GGGCGGCCAGCCGCUCGUCCACCCCUUCUUCUGCGAGGCUCGGCUGCUUCCGCUCGGCUGCCGUGUUAGGGGGAUGUGUUGAGGGGCGAACACGCCGCAAAACGGACGAGACCGGGCUGUAGAGCAACGCAUCCGUAAAAACGUCGCGACUCUUUCACUUGAGCUGUCAUUGUGUAGACAGGGCCUAUCAGCAGGACGCUGCUGCUUCAGUAAAGCCCUCCUGAUUUGAUGAGCGAGAACCGCUGACUACCAGUAUGGACGCGCUCCAUCCUGGUGUUUCCCACAAUCCUUAGUUCACUGAUCUGCAGCUGAGUUUACUGAACCCUGAACCGUGACUAGCGCCAGUCUAUGACUGACCUCCUGUCAGGUGAUCUGUCUUGUGUCACGAUGAUGUCAGUAGAUGUGACCAAUCGUAAUGGCCCUGCUGCCACGCCUCCCACCUCACUCAGCCUUCGCUCCUCACACAAUCAGCUACUCGGCAGUGAUGUCAUCAAACAGGGCUCCGCCACGCCUCCCAAGUGUCGCAAAAAGUAUGCCCUUACCAGUAUCCAGGCUGCCAUGGGCCUCGGAGAAGCAGCGGCAUCUUCACCGUCACCAUCAUCAUCCCCAUCACAGUGUUCAACCCCCAACAAUCCCAAACUAGCCAAGAAUGGGGUCAACCAGCUUCGUAAAGCCGGUCAGGACCACAACAAAAACACGACCGGCCCUGACCCGAUAGAUCUGGAGUGCAAUUCAGAGACUAUAGCAGAUGACCUCAAUGUCAACACAGCAGAGGAACACGACAGUCACACUCUUACCAAUAAUGACCGAGAGGAUGAUGACAUUAAGUUAGAUGUCGAACUGCAUCCAGAUGCCAACACUGACACAGAGCCUGAACAGAAAAUGGAAUCAGACGUAGAUUGUAACAUUAACACGAAUGUGGAGCUCAAACUGAACGGCAACACAACAGAUUUGGGCUUUGACUUGAACAUGGAGGCACAGGAGGGUGAUGAUAUCAGCAUUCUGUCUGAAAAGGAAAUAAUGUCAAAGAUGAAGACUGAGGAAGAUGGAGAUGAAGUGGCGGUGGAGGAGCAGGAAGACGAGGAGAAGAAGCCUUUACUGAUGAUAAAAAGCGAGUCUCCCGUGAAGAGCCAGAACGUUUCUGCAGACCUGGAACUCAUCUCUGACUUCCACUCCAACAUCAAGCUCCUCAAAACAGGUAAAGACUCUCCAGUGCCUCCUCCUCCGUCCCCACCACGGCAAGCCAGCCCAGAGGACAUACCGCUGCUCUCUGUGGCCUCCUGCUCCUCCUCUUCCUCCUCCUCUCCUGAGACAAAGAAGGACAGAAGGACCGGGGCAAAGACAGACUGUGCCUUGAACCGCAUCCAGAAUCUGAACCCCAGUGAUGAAGAGUUGAGUUGGACCACCCUGUCCCAGGAGAGCAACUCCCCAGAGGAGACAGACCAACCCAGUCGUCAUGAUGACAUAUGGCCUGCUGUCGUGGCGACGAGCCCAUGGGCUGUGUUUCAUCAGCAUGAUAUCUGGAGUGAGCAGUCGUUCCAGACAGACCCUGACCUGCCACCAGGAUGGAAGAAGAUCACAGACAUGGCUGGUAUCUACUACUGGCACAUUCCUACAGGCACCACCCAGUGGGAGAGGCCUGCCACCUGCCAAGCAGCCCCUGGACAGACAGAGUCCCAGGCCCUGGGCAACCACACAGCCUCAACACCAUGUAAACACUCUCUGGGCUCACUCAGCCCCUCACCCACUCCUGACCAUGAGUCGUGCCAGGCAGAGGUCUUCUUCAUGGCAUCAACUCGUUCGGGCAGCACCACCUCCGACAGUUCAGUGGAGCCUCUCGCCCCUCAUGAGCCCAACCUUCCCACAUGUGGAUUUGUCAACAGCUGCUACUUUCCUCGUUCCACAUCUCUGCAGGGUGUGCCUGAUCAAGAGUGUCGCUCUCAGCAUCACGAAGAUGAGGACAAGAAACAGGUGUGGAGUGAUUUUGGCGGAAAGAUUGAUAGUGAGGUGUGGAAGGACCUGCAGGCAGCCACAGUGAACCCCGACCCCAGUCUGAAGGAGUUUGAGGGUGCUACGCUUCGCUACGCAUCGCUCAAGCUAAGGAACCGUCCAGCAGUGGAAGAAGAGGAGUCUAGCAGUGUCAACAGCGACCCAGAAACAAAGUGUUUUGCAGUGCGCUCUCUGGGAUGGGUGGAGAUGGCUGAGGAGGACUUGGCUCCUGGAAAGAGCAGUGUUGCCGUCAACAACUGCAUCAGACAGCUGUCCUACUGCAAGAAUGACAUCCGAGACACUGUCGGCAUCUGGGGAGAGGGGAAAGACAUGUACCUGGUGCUGGAAAAUAAUAUGUUGAACCUGGUUGACCCCAUGGACCGCAGUGUGCUUCACUCUCAGCCAAUCGCAAGUAUCCGGGUCUGGGGCGUCGGCCGGGACAAUGGCAGGGACUUUGCAUAUGUGGCGAGGGAUAAAAACACCAGGAUCCUGAAAUGUCAUGUGUUCCGCUGUGACACGCCGGCCAAAGCUAUCGCCACCAGCCUGCAUGAGAUCUGCUCCCGGAUAAUGACAGAGCGAAAGAAUGCCAAAGCAAUGGCAGGAGGCUCGCUCCAAGACAGGAUGCAGGCAGGACUAGAUCUCCCUUUACAAGCAGAGUUCCCCACACCAAAGACAGAGCUGGUUCAGAAGUUUCAGGUGCUCUACCUUGGGAUGAUGCCUGUGGCCCGACCAAUAGGUCCAGGUAUGGACAUACUGAAUGGAGCUAUAGACAGUCUAAUUGGGUCUUCCAACAAAGAUGACUGGACUCCAGUAGCUCUCAACGUGGCAGAUGCUACUGUCACCAUAAGCAAAGACAAGGACGAAGAGGAAGUGCUGGUGGAGUGUCGUGUGCGUUUCCUGUCUUUUAUGGGCGUUGGGCAUGACGUGCACACAUUUGCCUUCAUCAUGGACGCUGGCGGGCAUCGUUUUGACUGUCACGUCUUCUGGUGUGAGCCCAACGCUGGGAGUGUGUCCGAGGCUGUGCAGGCAGCUUGUAUGCUGCGGUACCAGAAGUGUUUGGUAGCUCGACCCCCCUCCCAGAAGGCCUGUGGUUCGUCGCCCCCCGGUGACUCGGUGUCCCGUCGGGUCUCGACGAGCGUGAAGCGAGGCGUCCUGUCUCUCAUCGACACCCUCAAACAGAAGAGACCCGUCACCGAGUUGCCACAGUAACCACAGUGAAGCACUACCAACUCCCUGCCACAUCCGCAGUCACCAUGGUAACUAGUCGCAUCAAUACCAAAACCUGUAGCCACCACAGACCCCAGUAACCACUGAAACACAGCAAAGCCCUAGGGUCUGGGAAACCCUGUCACGAUUCCUUGGCUUUUGUGGAGCAGAUUGGAAUUUCACCUCAAGAGUUUUAUCAGCUCUCGAGCAGAAAUUCAAGUCCAUUUCCUCAAAACAACUAAGAUGAAUGAAAACUCUAAGCCCGCGUCGAGAAGGAACCACCACCGGAAACAUCUGAAAGAUGAUCGUAACGGUGUUGAUGUACAUAGAAGUAACUCUCAUCCCCCUCAGCACAGAGAAGGAGUGAGGAGAAGAGAGCAAAAAUUGAAGAAGUAGGCAGUGCUCCUUCAAGCACGGCACGUAUGAUGAGCGAGCUCACUGCUGCCCAAACUGCUGAUCUCUCCAUGCUCUUAUUGUAUUUGUGUCUGUGCCUGUGCUGCCCGCAUGACCUUGCACACCUGGCCCAUCCCCCUGUCAUUCACCCGGUUGUCCGUUAGUCUGUAGUGGCUUUUCCCCCCUCUGUCCCUCUUUCUAAUAAUCCUCAGUAGACUGUAACGUAAAACUAAGUAAGUGGAAGGAAGGAAUCAUCAAAGCCAUAGUGUCUGAUUUUCAUAUCAGUAAGUAAUGAACAAAAGAAGGGAGCUGCUACAGACUAAAGAGAUUUGGCCAUUAGUCUACACACUCACCUGUUCAACUGAUCCUGCAUGAACUUUUUAUAGAAAAGUGAAUCGUUCUAGACAAUAUCAAUACACUGCUGCUGCUUUCAGAGACUGAAAGGGUGAGAAAUCAGAAGCCACAUAGUUUAUUCUGUCUUCUUAGCUCCUUGUUUCUCGUCGACUGUGCAAGAAUCAGCCUGGAGGGUCUAAACGAGUGGUGACAUUUCACCCGAAAAACAUCCUACACAUUCUUUCAGUUUACGUCUCGUUUUUAUUCUUGUGUUAUCCCUCGGAAAAUAACAGACGAUAGCCAUAAUGGAGGAAGAGGCGCAGGGACGGGCCGAGUUACCCCUCUCUCCCCUGCUCCCAACACAGGGGACAUCAGCAAUGCUGCCGCUGCUCAUUGAUACACAUGCUGUAGGAAAUUUGACUAUAAAUCCCACCUCAGUAUCAGUCCUCAGAGACUGCAGGUCCACUAAUAAAAUGGGACUGGUGGCAUAAGGAAGCCUGGAGGAAGAAAAAGAAGACUUGAGGAAUGUGUUUUUAUACCUGAAUAUGGUUGUGAUGAUUUUGUCUGAACUGUGAGGAGGUGAGAAGGAGAGAGGGAUUAUCUUCAUAUUAUCUUCAGCCUUGACCGUUUGAGAAGAAAGCCAACAGAGAGACAUGUUGACUCAGACCACGAGGACUUUCCUGGGCUGCUAUCUAUCUGUCUCCAGGGUUCUGUUCACUUGAAUGCGCCUUCUGUUUUUUUCAUUGCCCACUUACUGUACGUCUGCUUUCAUCAGUGCCAUAAGAUCACAUGCUUUUGCUCUGUUUUGUUUUUUGUUUUUGUUUUUCUCACACAAAUCUCAAUUAUUCACUUCCAGCUCCUUAUUAUCACAUAUCUGACAGGUUUGGAUGUAUGGUAAUAACUAGUGUAGAGCUUAUUGUAACUACAAUCAUCAACACUCGUUUUCUCCCCAGACAGUUCUCUUAGACGUACAGGCAGGUAGAUGCUGAACAUCUGACCCCGCCUGUCAAGCUUUGGAUUUCUCUACAUGCAAAAAAAACGGUGCGGAUAGGGCGGUAAUGAUAGAAACACUCGGUAUCUGAAAGAUUUGGAAGGCGGUGUCUUUUUUUGUUGCCUUCCCAAAAUCAAAAUCACAAAAGCAAAGUUGUAAGGAUUGGAGUACAGCACGUGCUUAUAUGCUAUAACGUAAACGUCAAACAGCAUGCCAAGCUAACUAGCUUCAUACCUACAGUAGUUAUUUAGCAUUAUUUCGAGAGGCAAGGAGCCUGUCGUUUGGUAGAAACACUUACCGUUACUCUAGAGGUAUUCCCAGAAUCCCCAAAGACUUUUUUAACCAUCUGGACGAAAAACUCUUCCACCUGCUGAAUGAUAAAAAAAAGCUUCUUUACCUGUUUACGAAUCAAAACAAAGAUGGCAGCCAGCCAACUACCUGGGUUAGAGGAGUCCUUGGGGAUUCUGAAAAUACUGUCAGCACAGUACGUUGUUAAACCACUUUCUGGGUUAAUUAUCUUUUAGAGAAACCAGUUGUUACCUCUGUGACCUGAAGGUACAUAAUGCUAAAGCAUGAGAGGCACACCAACUAUAUUACUUGUUGGGGUUACAGAUUAUGUUAGAAAAAUAUCCGCUCAUCCGGAACAUCCAUCCUGUACGAGCCACAAUGAUAGUACAUCAGAGUGUAGAGUAAUGAUCCAGGCUCUGUCCUGCUGUUUAUUUAAUUUGGGAAAUUUAUACUCCAGCAUAAUUAGUUAUAUAGUGUUACAUUUGCCAAACCCAUCAGUUAUUCCAGCUAUUUUCUUGUAAAUGUUAAGCAUGUUUGAGCAUAUGAACUUUAAAGCCUAAAUCUACCCACUGCCUUGCUCUCCAAGUAUGAUUUUCUAUAGGUAGUAUCCAAACCAUCCAAGGGUUAUGUUAGAAUAACGUUUUAAUUUCAUUUUUCAUUUGUAAUACUCUUAAUACUUGAUCUAACUCGCUCUACAUGACAAUAUACAAACAAAGCUGCUCUUUUAUUUCCAUGCAAGUGACAUUAUCAUCAGCUGGUGAGGAUACUGACUUUGUGCCUGGGACAUGCAGCUCUCUGUCUUUUAGCAGAAUCUUGUUUAUUAGCCAUCAAGUGUAUAUUCAAGACCCCUUUUUGCAAGGAUCUAGUUUAAAAAUGAGUCAGCUUGCGACAUUAAACAGUCCAUUGUAGACAGUUUUUAGACUAGCUGAUAACAGCCGAUUAAAUCUGCUAGUUUAAUCUGCAACUGUUGCCAUUUCAGCCGACAAAAUCCACAGUCGGUGGUUAGAAAUGAGAAGCUGCUUUUGUUUUUGUCUGUGUGAAAUCAAAGAGCCGUUGUUUCACAUACAGGUUAUCAUUGUAACCUGUAUAUGUGCAGCGUGAGAAAGGAAAGCUUGACAGGCGUAGCAACAGGGCCAGGACUUAGUGAAUGGUCAGGUAGUUCCAGCUGAAGGUGUGUCUUGCUUGUCGUCUGUGUUAAUAUUAAACUCCACAUUUAACAUGCAAACGAAGGAACUUGGAGUGUACUUGAGACUUUGUUGAGAAAACUCAGCCAUGUCACCUUCUUUUGUCACAAAGGUUGUUGAAAUGUGAAUGAGAUGACUAAAAGUUGUUGUGUACAUAAUAUCCAUUUAAUGUAACAUUCGGCAUUAAUCAUUGUUAUAAGCUAUCUUUUCAUUUUUGAAUGUCUUUAGUUUUCUAUUAUUUUCUUGAAAUGAAAUGCCUUUUUUGAGAACUCACCAAAUGGCCAAAGUGUAAAAUACUGAUAUACAUUGUUGUAGAUAAGGAAAAUACGAGAGCAAAUAAUGAAAACGGGAGAGGCGAUUGGAAAUGUUCACACUUGUCAAUUAAGUUGAUACUGAAUUUAACUGAGCAAUUAUCUAUGCAUUCUUUUGAUCUUGAGAAAUGGAAAGUCGUAAAAAGCCUUGCAUGCCCUUGGACGGUUGAAAGAGCAACUGUAUGUACUGAACAGAAAUAUUUUUUAUUUUAUUUAUUCUAUUUUAUAAAGGUAUAUACUGAUUUUAUUAGUUGGGGCAAGUAAAGUCUCUUGACUCAGUGUCGUUGUCUCAGUCCCUGGUAAACUCACAAUGCUACAACAAGCUCCGCUUUGCAGAAAAAGGCAGAUAAAGGAAUAUAUCUUCACCUUGUACAGUGCCCUGAGAGCUGGAGGUCCACUGCUGGUCAGACCAGUGAAGUGGAGGAGGAGGAGGAGGAGGAGGAGGAGGAAGACGACGAAGGUGAUUUUUAACAGCAGUGGACCCCCAGUUGCUCUGUCAAGCUCACACACAUAAACAACAACAAACACACACACACACACUCCAUUUCCCACAGAUGGAUGUGCUGGCUUCCGUUUGCUGCUCACUGAUUUGUACACUUUAUCAAUGUAACCAAUUGUGAGAAUAAA